GCCGGCGGCGUAAGUGGCAACGAGUGUCAGCUGUGCGACCGCCGGUCCCCGCAUGCCUCACGGGGGAGCUCGGGAGCAUAAGAGGACGAGCGACCGGACCAUCGAGAGAGAGGACCCGGGCCCGGAAGUUAAGUGGAGUCAGUUUGUUUGGCCGGCAGUCGGCCGCGAGGGGCUGCCGGCCUGUUUUAUUAUUGUUUAUUUACUUUCACGAUUAAAAGUUUAUUGUUUAAAUGUUCGCCGGUUCCCGCCUCCUUCCUUCCCUACAUUGAACUGUGUUACAGUGUGCAUAUUGUGUGUGUGGAGUGUUUUGUAUGUGAGUGUGUCUGUCUUCUGUUUUUUCACCUUUUGACACGUUAAUUAUAAUUAAUGUGUUAAAUGCACAGCCCUUAUAAUAAUAUUGUUACAGAAACACCAGGCUCUCUCACCACUCCCGCACCACACUUACGCUCACCAGAGUUCUGAUCUCCGCCACCUGCACUCAAUCAUCACGCUCAUCAGCUUCACUACAAAAGACUCACUCCGUCACUCAGUCAAUGUCUGGUCUCGAAUAGAAACGGACUCAAACUCACAUUAUCUACCUGUGUGACUUACCUGUUCUGCUACAUUGAUUUCCCUAGUCUUUCAAGUUCUCCAAGUGUUCCAAGACUUCAGAGUUCUCCUAGUCUUCCAAGUUCUCCACGUCUUUAUCAUUCUCCACGCUCUGCAAUUCCUCACCUGCACUUCACCGGAUUCCCAAGCCCGCUGUUCAGGAUCUCCUGCAACACAAACUUGAAUGAGGGACCGCUAAAAGAGCAAUGUCAGAAGAUCUCAAAUACCUGGAGGAUGAAAGAGAAAGGAUCCAGGUAGCUGUAUGCAGGACGGCCAGCGCUAUAGUGACAAAGACGUGUGGAAACCGGAGCCGUGUCGUGUUUGUGUGUGUGAUACGGGCACGGUCCUGUGUGAUGAAAUCGUCUGCGAGGAGCUGAAGGACUGUCCCAAACCCGAGAUCCCGUUUGGGGAGUGCUGCCCGGUCUGUGGCGCUGACCAGCCGUCCUCCUCCUCCGGAUUGCCAGGUGUGAAGGGACAAAAGGGGGAACCGGGAGACAUAACAGAUGUUGUGGGGCCGAGGGGACAGGCCGGGCCUAUGGGACCGCCGGGAGAACAAGGACCCCGGGGAGAGAGAGGAGACAAGGGCGAAAAGGGAAGUCCUGGCCCCCGUGGCAGAGAUGGUGAGCCUGGCAUCCCUGGAAACCCCGGACCCCCUGGACCCCCGGGGCCAAACGGACCCCCUGGCCUUGGUGGAAACUUUGCCGCUCAGAUGGCCGGUGGAUUUGAUGAUAAAUCUUCAGCACAAAUGGGCGUGAUGCAGGGACCGAUGGGACCGAUGGGACCAAGAGGACCACCAGGCCCCAAUGGAGCUCCUGGCCCACAAGGGUUUCAGGGGAACCCCGGAGAGGCCGGAGAGCCCGGAUCAGCCGGCUCGAUGGGUCCCCGUGGCCCCUCCGGUCCCUCAGGAAAACCUGGAGAUGAUGGGGAAGCAGGUAAACCUGGUAAAAGUGGUGAACGUGGACCUCUUGGACCUCAGGGAGCCCGUGGAUUUCCAGGAACACCAGGUCUACCUGGAAUAAAGGGACAUCGAGGUUAUUCAGGUCUUGAUGGUGCUAAAGGAGAAUCUGGAGCUGUUGGAGCUAAAGGUGAAGCUGGCUCGCCUGGAGAGAGCGGGGCUCCUGGACCAAUGGGUCCUCGCGGUCUGUCUGGUGAACGGGGACGUCCAGGACCCUCAGGAGCUGCUGGCACUCGUGGAAAUGAUGGUUUGCCCGGUCCUGCUGGUCCUCCGGGUCCAGUAGGCAUAGUUGGAGCUAAUGGUUUCCCAGGAUCCCCCGGGACGAAGGGUGAAGCAGGGCCCACCGGUGCCCGUGGACCUGAGGGAGCACAAGGACCUCGUGGAGAGUCGGGUGUCCCGGGAGCUCCAGGGCCUUCUGGAGUCUCCGGUAACCCCGGAACUGAUGGCAACCCCGGCGCCAAGGGAUCAGUGGGCGCUCCUGGUAUUUCCGGUUCUCCUGGUUUUUCGGGUCCUCGUGGCCCUCCUGGACCUCAGGGAGCAACCGGUCCACUCGGACCAAAGGGACAGUCUGGUGAUUCGGGUCUGGCUGGGUUCAAGGGUGAAGCGGGUCCUAAAGGAGAGAUUGGUAAUGCUGGGCCUCAAGGUGCCCUGGGUCCGGCUGGAGAGGAAGGUAAGCGAGGACCCAGAGGAGAGCCCGGUGCUCUUGGACCCAUAGGACCAUCGGGAGAGAGAGGAGCUCCUGGUAACAGAGGUUUUCCUGGACAAGACGGUUUGGCCGGUCCAAAGGGCGCUCCGGGUGAGCGUGGAGUUCCAGGAGGAUCAGGUCCUAAAGGAGCCAGCGGUGAUCCCGGACGGCCUGGAGAACCCGGUCUGCCCGGUGCCAGAGGUCUGACGGGACGUCCCGGUGAUGCUGGCCCACAGGGGAAAGUGGGUCCGUCUGGAGCUCCUGGUGAAGAUGGCCGUCCUGGACCCCUCGGCCCUCAGGGUGCACGUGGUCAGCCUGGAAUCAUGGGAUUCCCCGGACCCAAGGGUGCCAAUGGUGAGGCUGGGAAAGCGGGAGAGAAAGGACUCGCCGGAGCUCCCGGUUUACGUGGUCUGCCUGGAAAAGAUGGUGAGACAGGUGCUGGGGGACCUCCUGGACCAGCUGGCUCUGCAGGAGAACGAGGAGAACAGGGUCAGCCUGGACCUUCUGGCUUCCAGGGGCUACCCGGUCCCCCUGGUCCCCCUGGUGAAGGAGGUAAACCUGGUGAUCAGGGUGUUCCAGGAGAAGCUGGCGCUGCUGGGGCCACAGGACCUCGAGGUGAGCGUGGGUUCCCGGGAGAGAGAGGAGGUGCAGGACCAGCAGGCCUCCAAGGGCCUCGCGGGCUACCAGGAACACCUGGAUCUGAUGGAGCGAAGGUAAGGAAAUUACUUGAUUGUAUUGUUGCUGUAAGGGCAUUAAAACACAGCUGAAUGCAUUAGUCUGCCUUAACUAACAGUGAACGGUUGAGAACAAUACAGGCCAAUAUCAUGCAGAGUUCUCACUCACUCUCUCGAUCACUCACUCACUCAAUCACUCAUUCACUCUCUCGAUCACUCAUUCAAUCACUUGCUCAAUCGCUCACUCGAUCACUCACUCACUCGAUCACUCACUCAAUCGUUCGCUCAUUCACUCACUCGAUCACUCACUUAAUCACUCCCUCACUCGAUCACGCACUCAGUCACUCAAUCACUCACUCACUCGAUCAAUCACUCACUCAGUCACUCAAUCACUCGAUCAAUCACUCACUAAGUCACUCAAUCACUCACUCCAUCACUCACUCCAUCACUCAUUCAAUCACUCACUCACUCACUCACUCACUCACUCACUCACUCACUCACUCACUCACUCACUCACUCGAUCACUCACUCACUUACUCACUCACUAUCCAUCACUCACUCGAUCACUCACUCACUCGAUCACUCACUCACUCGAUCACUCACUCAAUCUCUCACUCGAUCACUCACUCACUCGAUCACUCACUCACUUACUCACUCACUAUCCAUCACUCACUCGAUCACUCACUCACUCGAUCACUCAAUCGAUCACUCACUCGAUCACUCACUCACUCACUCGAUCACUCACUCACUAUCCAUCACUCACUCGAUCACUCACCUGAUAACUCACUUGAUGAUUCACUCACUCCAUCACAUAUUCGCUAUCUCACUCACUCACUCACACUCUCACUCGAUCACUCACUCACUCACUUGAUCACUCACUCACACACUCAAUCUCUCACUCGAUCACUCACUGACUCACUUGAUCACUCACUCACUCGAUCACUCACUCAAUCACUCACUCCAUCACUCACUCCAUCACUCACUU